AGGAGUACCAAAAGGUGAUGGAAACCCAUGGCUCCUCGUUUUCAAGCUUCAAAUCCUAUAUCAACGCCCUUUCGGAUGUCCCUAACCGGUUCAUCCAAAGAGCAGGUUCCGUCUCCACAACUUUUGAAGAAACUAGCCGUAUCAGCAACCGUUCAGGUGCGGAUAUGAAGAAGAACCUUAGGUGGUAUGAUCUUAUUUGUUUUGGCAUUGGUGGCAUGGUUGGGGCCGGUGUCUUUGUGACUAGUGGUACUGCUAGUCACGAUAAAGCCGGCCCCGCUGUUAUAUUAUCAUACGCCAUUGCUGGCCUAUGUGCACUUCUCUCGGCGUUUUGUUAUACCGAGUUCGCCGUUCAUAUGCCAGUUGCGGGUGGUGCCUUUAGUUAUAUCCGUGUCACUUUUGGUGAAUUUACAGCAUUUCUAGUAGGGGCUAAUUUGGUAAUGGACUAUGUACUAUCAAAUGCGGCUGUAGCAAGAAGUUUCACAACAUACCUCGGAACAGCCAUUGGCGUUUCCGCAGAAUCCAAAUGGAGAAUACCUGUUACAUCUCUUCCUAAAGGUUUCAACCAAAUCGAUAUCAUUGCGGUUUUCAUAAUCAUAAUUAUCACUCUCAUCAUAUGUUACAGUACUAGAGAAAGUUCUAUAUUGAACAUGACUUUAACAGCAGCCCACAUUUUGUUCAUAUUAUUCAUUAUCUUGAUGGGCUUUUGGAAAGGAGAAAUAAAAAACUUUAUUGAGCCAUCCGACCCGAAACACCCGGGUGGGUUUUUUCCAUUUGGGGCUCCGGGUGUGUUUAAUGGGGCAGCUCUUGUGUAUGUGAGUUACAUUGGGUACGACGCCGUUUCGACAUUGGCUGAGGAGGUUAAGAAUCCGGUUACGGAUAUACCCAUUGGGGUAUCCGGGUCGGUUAUUCUUGUUACCGUUUUGUAUUGUUUGAUGGCUGCUUCAAUGUCCAUGCUUCUUCCAUAUGAUCUGAUAAAUCCGGAGUCGCCAUUUACAGGUGCGUUUAUGGAGAAAUCAAAUGGAUUCAACUGGGUAUCUAACGUAAUAGGAGUUGGCGCGAGCUUUGGAAUUCUAACAUCAUUGCUGGUGGCAAUGUUGGGUCAGGCUCGGUAUAUUUGUGUUAUUGGAAGGUCCGGUGUGGUUCCUGUGUGGUUGGCCAAGGUUCAUCCAAAGACAUCAACACCAGUAAACGCUUCAGUAUUUUUAGGGAUUUUCACGGCGGCAAUAGCCCUUUUCACCGAGCUAGGUGUUCUUUUGAACCUUGUCUCAAUUGGCACACUAUUUGUCUUCACAAUGGUCUCCAAUGCUGUCAUUUACCGACGUUACGUCUCAGUUGAGACCACGACCCCAUGGCCUACAUUGUCCUUCCUCUUAAGCUUUUCGUUCACUUGCAUCAUGUUCACUUUACUAUGGUGGCUAGCACCACCAGGGAAACCCAAAGGCUUCAUGCUCGGCACAUGCUUUGUAGUUGCCGUGGUUUUAGUUCUACUCUUCAUAUACACUGUGCCCCAAGCAAGGAAGCCGGAUUUUUGGGGCGUCCCUCUUAUGCCAUGGAUACCAUGUGUCUCAAUCUUUCUUAACAUAUUCUUGUUAGGAAAUAUUGAUGCACCUUCUUACGUUCGAUUUGGGUUCUUUUCGGCCAUUGUAGUGCUUGUAUAUGUUCUAUAUAGUGUUCAUGCUAGCUUUGAUAGUGAAGAAGAAGGUUAUCUAAGUGAAAAGAAUGUUGAGAUGGUGAAGGGAUCAUUUGACAUUGAAGAUCUAACUCGCAAAGUCCAAAGUUGACAUUUGACUUUUAUUUUUAUAAUUUUGAUGAUAGAUAUCAGAGCAAGAACAGAAUUAAGUUUUGUGGGCAUGUUGUAUAGCGCAUGAUUUUGGUCCCCUUUUGUAUCUAAAAUGUAGUCCAUCAACUUUUGAAGAUGGUUGACAUGGCAAGAAGGAAACAUUUUUACCUCUUUAUGUA